CCUUCAUUUGCCUCCGCCUUCUCCUCUCUCUGCCAUAGUAACGCGGCUUCCAUGACGCUACCGCAGCUCUUGGCCACCCGGGGCCCCUGGCCACCACGCACCAAUCUCAAGGACAUCUGCACCCUUGUCUUUGUUGUUUUUCUCGUUUCCCAGCACAGUUUAAAAUGUCCUGUGUUUACCCAAACACAAUAAAAGAAUUGGCUCGGCUAGAAAUUAAAAAAAAAAACAACAGGCCAAGCCUGGGAAGCACAGCAGCCCCGUGCAGCGCGGGACUUUCCAAGGGAAAGGCACCUGCGAUUGCACCGUUGCAGACUCGAGGAUGUGGCGGUGACGAUGUCAGCCCGGGCCCCCAUCACGGAUGCUCCAGGUCAUUGCUGAGAGAUGCACUGGUGUUUCUGUCCCCUUUCCAGAGCCCGUGUCUCGCCCCCGGCUCCGGAGCCGUGCUCUGGUGGCCCAGGCCACCGGUGAGGUGCUCUGCGAUGUGGCUGACGGCAAGGUGGACACCAUCACCUGGAAGAAGGAUGGGCAGCCCCUUCCCCUGGACAGAGGUUUCCAGCUCUCUGACAGCCUCAGCGUUUUGUACCUGAGGGCGGCGAAGAAGUCGGACUGCGGCUCCUACUCCUGCAACGCCAGCAACGAGAUAAGCUGGCAAGAAACCUCCCUGAACGUCACCAUUGCAGGCCUCUCCCCUCCCUUGCAGGACGCGCUGAGGAUCGCGGUGGUCGCUGUGGUCUUUGCUGCCGUCUCGGGAUGGGGAUUAAUUUUCCCCGUCUGCCAGUCUGAAAAGCUGAGAAUAAGGGGGGAGCUCUGGAGGUGGCUCAGCGCCUACACCUGCGGGCUGGUGUGCAUCGCCUCCGUCCUGGCCGGCACCGCCGGGGUGCUCUGGAUGCGGGAGGAAGGCCCUUCCAUGGCGAUCAUAUUGCCAGAGAUCGCCCUCACAUACGUGAUGGUGGUAACCUUCCUGGUCGCCAUCACCGUGACCUUCCAGCCUCCAAAGCUCAUCCAGCUGAAAAGCAAAACAGCGCAGCGCGCGAUGGGCUACGCUGCUCCCGGAGGGGUGGUUGCGGUGGUGCUGACGACCAGCUUCCUCCUACGGAACAUCCACCACCGCCACGAAGAAGGAUGCUCGGAGCCGGUGGAUGUGACGGCCCUCACCGCCAGCGCGGCGGCCGUCUCGGCCCUCCCGCUCCUCGCCAUCUUCCUCUGCUAUCACACGACUCAGGGCUGGCUGAAGGGACGCGGCUCCAGCUGGGCGGACAAGGAGAGUCUUCCUUCUUGUUUUCUCCUGUCUGAACAGGCGGCGUCACAUCCGCAUCUCAGCCCAGCCACCACUUAUCCCCUUCCCCGGGCUUCCUCUGUCAAGAAAACAGGGAAAAAAAUCCCGUUAUCUUUAGCAGGAGCCACACUUCCUACAGCAACCUGACUUGAGAGGAGCACGCAACUGAAGAUCAGGAGACGUAAGAAAAACAGACAUUCAAAUCAAAAGGCGGCGUUAGCCUCUCGGCGCCCUGUGGUUUUGCUCCCAGUCACACGAUGACGCAUGGCUGCGUUUAGCCGUUGGGAUAAAGGCAAACUGCAACUCGCAGCUUAAUGUCAGCUUGCGUGUUUAGAGCCUGGCGGGUUUAAGGGACAUCAAAUGGCCAGAGGCCACAGAGGUCGUUAUGGCCUGUGGCAUCCGCUAAUUGCAGGGAGCAAAUCAGGCGGCGGAGGGUCGUGGGAGACGAAGUAACUCGGAAAGUACCGCGGGCGAAAUGCCCUCCUCCCGUCAGGGUGCCGGCACGGUAACCAGCUUCUUGCUGGUACCCAAGAGCAGCCAGCUCUGCUAAAGCAGAGAUUAUUAGCGGCUGCGUUAGAGGCAGGAGUUAAGAAUUCACCUAUUUCUGCGGCUUUUUAAAGUCUCUUUUUCUCUUCCUCCCCCUACUUCUCCCCCCCAGAUAUUCCUGCAAAUAUAACUGGGCCCUGCAGCUCUGCGUGCGGGAAGCCUCCCGGCCGGCCCCACAUCCCCAGGGUCCCCAGUAAACCCAGACAGACUGACAGCUGCUGCCAUUUGUAAAGGGAACGUUCUCUUUCAGGUGUGGUGUCAUGAGAACCUCCUGUUAAUG